UUACAGAGCAAGAAAGUGGUGCACAUUUACAAGUUUAGCCUACUACAGCCAUGGCCACCAUAGCUGUAUGGAAAACAGACGGAUUUUACAACGAAAUGUGCCCCAGUGUAGGAAACAGCACAACUGCUUCUGUGGAGACAUUCAGUGUUCCAACUUACAUCAGUCAAGAGCUACUGGUUGUCUGUACAUCUCCACCAUACUUUGUUGCAGUCUGCUAACAACUUAUGACGGUUCUGUUGAAUGUCCACAGCAACGCCAUUCCAUAGCGUGUAAAGUGCGCGUCCCGGCUCUAAGUAUAUGUAACUGCCUCUAUAAACACAUACGAAGUGUACGAGCGUGUGUGCCACGCUACAGACUGCUGUAUUUAGGGAUAUGACGUCAAACUAUAGGCCUUUGAAGAAUGUUCAGACACACUCUAUUUUUGUAUGGAUGUAUGGUUUAUGAACAAAUGAAACGGAAAGCCUCGGACAUCAACAUUGGAAUUCCACUACCUAAUUCCUUGAAAUGCCUGAAUACUGUUUGUUUAAAGUAGAGAUACUUUGAUUCCUGCAAACAUACACACACAAACACAAACAAAAUUAAGUUUAUAAUUUUUACAUUACUUUAUAUUGUGGGUGACACAUAUUUUUCAAAUAGGAGCCUUCUGUCUUUUGUUUUUCCCUAGAAGGUGAGCAUUUACGAUCAUUAUCAUCAUCAUUAUCAGCCUUCUACGUGUUAUGCCCAGUUGCCUGUUACGGUCCCAUGCCAGUGUUUGUAGGGCCUCACGAAAGAUCUAUGUUUAUUGCCCAUUACGUUGAGCGGGGCUUUAGAAAACGUGAAUUUUCCAGAAAACUUGGUAAUUAUCAAUUAAUUCCAUGAUUGGUUCUGCAUUUCAUUUCUUCGUUGACUAAAUUGAUUCUAUAGUCAAGACUGGUAUAGACUUUUGUUGUCUUUAUGAAUUCGAAGUCCCCUGCCUUGAUUACGUUUUCAUCUCUUCAUUAUGCUCUUAGAGAAUAAAACUGAUUGCCUUCCAUUAUAAAAUUUGCUAGAGUACGGAUAUCAGCAAGUAUUAUUAGACACUACUCUACUUUAAUAUACGCCAUCUCCUGGAUGUCAGCCCCUCAGAUAAUUGUGUUUUUGUUUCCAAAGAAUUCCUCUGCAACAAAAAUUAUGUUUCACUAACUGACAUUUUUCAAUCCUUCAAGCACUGCUUAAUUAAUAUAGACUAUUCUUGUUCUUUUUUCACAGGAUUUGUAGUUUUUAUAUCUGUGUCCUGGUUUUAUUUGUUUUCUGUACU